UCCACAGUUGUACUAAACAAAUAUUUUUCUCUGCCAAAAUUUCUCAUGGUUGGCUGGCUACUCAGAAAUUUCAACAAUCAAACCAACUACCAUGACACUCGUACCCAUCACUCUUUUAUAAACCUCUUCCACCCCCUCUUUUCCCACCUCCUCCUAAACUUGUCUUUCUCUCUCCUCCCCUGUUUCCUCCUCACUUUCAACACCCAAUAAAUUCAUUCAUGUAAAACACUACCAUUAUACCAACCAAACACCCCCUUAAAACUCCUAUAUUUCCACCCUAGUCCUAAAAAUAUCCUUAUUCAUAAAGUUAUAAGCUAGGUUGCACAUAGACGGAUACAGGUACGGGUGCGGAUUCAGGUACGGGGACAGAAAACGGCAAGAUUUUGAAAUUUUAGGAAAGGGUACACGUACCCAUACAGGAUACGUAUCGUAUCGGGUGCGGGUACGGGUACGUCACCUAGAAGAAGUACCCAUGCUACAUAGGUUAUAAGAGAGUUGUAUUGUCACAUGGUACAUAGUUGUAACUCCUACUUUCCAACCCUAGCCCCAACAACAUCCUUCUUUUUCCGAGGUUGUGAGAGGGUUGUAUUGUCACGUGGUAUAGCAGUUGUAACUCCUACCUUCCCACCCCAACACUAACAACAUCCUUACUUAUUCGAGGCAGUGAGAGGAUUGUAUUGUGACGUGGUGCAACAGUUGUACCAAAAAAAUUCCCCGUUGUCGAUAACUCUUCCAUGUCUCCCUCACCACCACCACCUCCGCCAGUUUUCCACCUGCCAGCACCACUCCACUCCCCAGGAAACAACAGUUUCCCCGUUAUAGCCAUCGCCGUAAUCGGCAUUUUAGCAACCGCAUUCCUUCUACUCAGCUACUACAUCUUCGUCAUCAAAUGCUGCUUAAACUGGCAUAGAGUCGACGUUUUUAACCGUUUCUUCUCCCGCGUACGAGACCCGGAUGACGACCUCGAAUCCUCGACUACGCACAAUCUAUCUCUCGAUGGCGGCAAUAAUGCCGCCAUCAAUAAAGGGCUCGACGAGGCCUUGAUACGGUCUAUACCCGUGAUUGAGUUCAGGAAAAUGAGCGAAGAACGAACAACAAUAAAUUUAACAUCACAACAACAACAACAACAACACGAGAAUGGUUCGUCGUACGAAUGUGCGGUGUGUUUAAGCGAGUUUGAAGAAGGAGAAAAACUACGCGUUAUUCCAUAUUGUUGUCAUGCUUUUCAUAUCGAUUGUAUCGAUGUUUGGUUGCAGAGUAACGCAAAUUGCCCACUUUGUCGAUCUGGGAUUUCUCCUGCUUCGAUUUUGUAUAAUACCCAACAACAUAUGAUUAAUUAUCAUCCUCAAUCUCAAGAAAAAGGUGCAAAUAGUGAGAAUUUAAGUGAUGAAAAUGAAGAAGAUGAAGAUGAAGAUGAUGAUGAUGAUGAUUUUGUUGUGAUUGAAAUUCAAGGGAAUAAUUUGGAUGAACCAAGAUUGGUGAGUAGAGAUUCAGAAGAUAAGAAAAAAGGGAGGAAGAAAUUUGGGCAUGUUUGUAGUAUGGGAGAUGAGUUGAUUGAUAUGAGAAAGAAAGAUGAAGAGUUUGAAAUUCAACCAAUAAGAAGGUCAAUUUCAAUGGAUUUAUCAAGUGAUAGAGAAUUUUGUAUUGAAAUUCAACAAUGUGGUAGGAAUAAUUGGCAAGAAAGUGAAAUUAGUUGUAGUAGUAGUAGUAAUAGUAGUAAAAUUAGAAGAUCUAUCUUUUCAUUUGGUUAUGGAAGAGGUUCAAAAUGCUCUGUUCAACCAGUUCAUUUGGAUCCAUGAGAUUUAAUUUUUUUAAUUAAUUUUUUUGGGGGUGUGGGGAUGUUGGGUUGUUUAUUUUUUUUUUUGUUUGAUUAGUGUAAUUUAGGAUGUACAAGUUUGUAUAUUUGGAAGGGUGUAAGAAUUAGAUAGAUUGUUAUAGAAAAAAAUUUUGUUCUAAGAUUUUUGUUUAAAGGUGUUGUACUUUUAUUUUUUUUAAAUUUAUGUUAGAGUUAGUGUGAAUUUCAUUAUUAGGAUUCUAGACAGAUAUAUGUCAAUGCUGCUAUUAGAUCUUAUGAAGACGGAGAAAAAAUAUUAUGAGA